AUGUCGGGCUUCAUGGCCAACCUAUUCCCAGGAGGGACCAGAGACACCCAUACAUCGUCGCGACCAGAGACACCUACGAGAAACAGCUUCGUCAAUCCAUCCAACACGCCCCAGGGCAGCCCCAGCAAGAGAACUGUUCCCCCCGGAGCCCACGAACUGCCUGACGCAUUCGACAGUGCGCUCAAGCUGAGCAGUCCCGUCCUCGAAAGACCCAGACUCGAUCGUCCGUUGAGCGUGAUCAAUACCCCACAGUCCGCCGGAAGGGGCAAUGAAAACAGCCCGAACGUGGACGAUAGCGUGUUGCACAAGGGAGCCACCUCCAGCGGCAGUCCAUUGAAAAAGUCCCACGGACAGGAGAACACUCCUCCCGCUUCGCGCUUGGGAGGCAACGACUCCCCUUACCAGCAAAGCCAUGCUGCCAUCUCUCGCCACGAGUUGUAUCAACCUAGAGAGAAAGCAGUGACCCCCAGAAACAAGUUUAACACCCAAAGAGCUCUGACGCCCGAAGAGCUGGAGAUUUUGCAACGUCCGAAUGUUCGAAGACUAGUCAACGUGACGCAGCUCUACUUUCUUGACUACUAUUUCGACCUCCUGACCUACGUCGGCUCCAGACAGAGCCGUUUGACUGCGUUCCAGUCGGAAAUUCCGCCUCCGCCCGAAACUGACGAAGCGACAUAUAAUCAGAUGUGGCAGAAGUACAAGGGCCGAGAGCGUGCCAACCUCAGAAAGAGACGCGUAAGACUUCGCCAGGGUGACUUCCAGAUCCUGACGCAAGUUGGACAGGGGGGCUACGGCCAGGUGUUUCUCGCCCAGAAGAAGGACACUCGCGAGGUUUGCGCCCUGAAGGUGAUGAGCAAAAAACUGCUCUUCAAGCUGGACGAGGUGCGCCACGUCUUGACAGAGCGCGACAUCCUUACUACUGCCAAGAGUGAUUGGUUGGUCCGGCUGCUUUACUCAUUUCAGGAUGACAAGAGUAUCUAUCUUGCCAUGGAGUAUGUGCCCGGUGGAGAUUUCCGGACCUUGUUGAAUAACACUGGCGUUCUGAGCAACCGCCAUGCGAGGUUCUAUAUUGCCGAGAUGUUCUGCUCUGUCGAUGCCCUUCACCAGCUAGGCUACAUUCACAGAGACUUGAAGCCGGAAAACUUCCUUGUGGACUCCACUGGACACGUCAAGCUCACUGACUUUGGAUUGGCAGCCGGCAUGCUCGCCCCGGCUAAGAUAGAGUCCAUGCGGGUUCGACUCGAGAAGGCUUCAGAGACAUCAGUGCCGUUCGGAAAGCCUAUGGACAAGCGAACUGUGGCGGAGCGACGCGAGGGAUACCAAACGAUGCGGGCAAAGGACAUGAACUACGCCAAGUCCAUCGUUGGCUCGCCUGACUACAUGGCGCCCGAAGUUCUGCGAGGAGACGAGUACGACUACACUGUGGAUUACUGGAGUUUGGGCUGCAUGCUGUUCGAGGCACUGACGGGAUUCCCUCCUUUUGCUGGUUCCACUCCCGACGAGACUUGGCGGAACUUGAAGCACUGGAAAGAAGUUCUCAAGCGGCCUGUCUGGGAGGACCCUAACUACUUCCUCAGCAACCGCACAUGGAACUUCAUUACUACCUGCAUCAAUUCCCGGUCCAAGCGCUUCUCAAAUAUCAAAGAAAUCCUUGAGCACCACUACUUCGCUGAGGUUGACUGGGACACCCUGCGGAGUACAAAGGCUCCAUUCGUGCCUGAGCUCGAUUCGGAGACUGAUGCAGGAUACUUUGAUGACUUCACCAACGAGGCCGACAUGGCCAAGUAUAAGGAGGUGCAUGACAAGCAGCAGGCCUUAGAGACUAUGGCGGAUCGUGAUGACGAGAUGGGCAAGAGUCUCUUCGUCGGCUUCACAUUCCGCCACCGCAAGACCACGGACGACGGCAGCCCGCGCAAACCGAUACCAUUCAAGGAGGAGGAGGACGCCUUCGGCACGAUGCUGUAG